GGUCGUGUAUCACAACGGAGGAGUGCUUCUCGACAAAUAUACAAGUCGUUCAGAGCAUAUAUAAGGGCGGUGGUGUAUUGACCAGACGCCAAGUAACUAGCCCAGCAUGCCUUGUGAGAGCUUGGAACAGCUUGUGGACGAUAUCCUUAUCGAAAUCCUCUGUGGAUUGCCUGUCCGAGAUAUUUUGUCCAUCCGACAGACCUCGAAGCGGCUGUCGUCUGUGACGCGGGUGCGCAAUGUCUGGCAUCACAAAUUCUGCGCCGAGGUGCUCGGCCACGCCCUCUCGCUAGACGGGUCGAGAUACCUCUCUGUACCCUCGUCAGACCUGGAGUCGCGGACGCGGCGGGCGCUGCGCCUGCACAAGAAGUGGCCCGCGAUCGAGUCGCCCAAGGCGGUUGCGUUUGAGGCUCCUGCUGAACAUGGUGCGGUGCGGCAGGUGGUGCUGCUGCCCCAGGCCUGGCAGAUCCUGACCGUGCACGAUCAUCGUGUGCUGUGCUGGCAACUCCGGGAGUCUAAUGGCUCCAGCUUGGACGUCCACCAUGAGGGGGAGUAUACGUUCCCGCCGGACGAUGCUCCUCGGCUUGUUCGCGAUGCGGCGGGCUCAGAUACAGUUGCGCUUGGGUCACUGACAAGGCCAAAGCUGCCGGUCGUAAUAUUUUCAAUAGGGCAGAAGCCCAUAUUCCUGGAACGUCGCGUUAUCCAGUCUUUACCCGGCGUUAUGGUGGGCCUUUGGCGCCACCUAUUAUUCUAUGAUACCACAACGCCGGAGACCGCCGACGAAACCACUGGAAUGGAGAUUAUCGACUGGCGCGGCAGUGCUGGAGGCUCGGUGCUCUGCCCUCGUUUCCAUCCGCAGUGCGGUGAUUUCAUUGACCUGCAGGUAUUCGCGUCUCAUCUGUUGGUCGUAUGGGAGGCUGCGAUCGCGGUAUUUGCCAUGCCCGAGAUCCCGGAAGAAGGUCAAGCCGUUGCCGAUCCAGUAAAGAUAUACCUGUUCGCGGAACCCGUCUCGCGGCCAAUCGCAUUUACGACUUGCAGCCAGGGUUCCGUGGACACCGCAGUUGACCCAUCCAAGGUUGCGCACUCCCUGACCAUAAUCGCGCGUCCCAAGCACCGACCGUACGGGCUCGUCCACUCCGUUCUACGACCCCUUCCAAACGAUGAUUCCGAUUUCCCUUUCGGUCUGACUCGCAUCCCCUCGCGCACCGAGCGGUCGUGCUGCGCGCUGUCCUGCGGGUCGAGCGGGCGAGGCAUUUGGAUCGACGCGAAUUCGGUGCUUCGCUGCAGCCCUGCACCCAUGAUGCUUCCCUCGUCUGAUAUCCAAUACACUGUCGACUGGGUGCCGAACCCGGUAUGGACUCUCAAUACGCGAGUUAAUCCCGACUCUGCCUGCAUGGAUUUCGACGAGGGCAUGGGGCUGAUCGUCGUCGGGACCGGGGAGGGAAAGAUCUCCAUUAUAGACCUAGCCUGACAGGAUCCGUAUACUCAAGGCCGGAGAUUAAAGUUCCUGAAUCCCGCUCAGGCUGUGCGUACGAGUGAUCAGAAUUAGAUCAAAGGUUCUCCUGGUAUCAGAUCUCCCUCCAUACUACAGUAUUUCCCUAGUGUAAUGUUGUCCUAUAGACGCUUCGGACGCACUUACCUGGUCCUCGCGAAUUAGAUUGCUUUUU